CGCCAUCACUAUCACCAUCAUAUUCGCUGCUACUAGUUACAGCCUGCUGGAUUACUGCGUCUUUGUCUCACACCAUUUAGAAAAGAACCAAAUAUCGUGCUACUAUCAACUCGAUUCAUAUUUAAUAAUCCAUUCACCCAACGUCUGGAAAUGUUUUACACUUGCGGUCCCAAUGAGGCAAUGGUGGUGUCGGGGUUUCUGCCGCUCUCCACCGCUCAUGAUCUCUGGUGGCAGAGUGUUUGUUAUCCCGUGCAUUCAGCAGAUUCAAAGGAUCUCUCUGAACACUCUGACGCUAAAUGUAAAGAGUGAUAAAGUCUACACGCGUCAUGGAGUGCCAAUCUCUGUCACUGGGAUUGCACAGAUGAAGAUUCAAGGGCAGAAUAAGCAGAUGUUGGCUGCAGCGUGUCAGAUGUUCAUGGGAAAGUCGGAGGGUGAGAUUGCUCACAUUGCCUUGGAAACACUGGAGGGCCACCAGAGAGCCAUCAUUGCUCACCUGACCGUGGAGGAGAUCUACAAAGACCGCAAGAAGUUCUCCGAGCAGGUGUUCAAGGUGGCUUCAUCUGACCUUGUCAACAUGGGCAUCAGUGUGGUCAGCUACACACUCAAAGAUGUUCAUGAUGACCAGGAUUACCUGCACUCUUUAGGAAAGGCCCGUACGGCACAAGUGCAGAAGGAUGCACGUAUCGGGGAAGCCAUGAACAAAAGAGAUGCAGUAAUCAGGGAGGCCCAUGCCAUGCAGGAGAAGAUAUCUGCUCAGUACAUGAACGAGAUCGAGAUGGCUAAGGCUCAGAGAGACUACGAGCUAAAGAAGGCUGUUUACGACAUUGAGGUCUUCACCAAAAAAGCUGAGUCUGAAAUGGCCUAUCAGCUCCAGGUGGCGAAGACGAAGCAGCGUAUCGAGGAGGAGAAGAUGCAGGUGCUAGUGGUGGAGCGCUCGCAACAAAUCACACUGCAGGAACAGGAGAUCACACGCAAGGAGAAAGAGCUGGAGGCCAAAGUCAAGAAACCAGCCGAUGCCGAGCGAUACCGGCUGGAGAAACUGGCAGAAGCCGAGCGUCUUCAGCUAAUCAUGGAGGCAGAAGCUGAGGCCGAAUCCAUCAGAGUGAGAGGAGAGGCCGAAGCGUACGCUGUGGAGGCUAAAGGUCGGGCCGAGGCCGAGCAGAUGGCAAAGAAGGCCGAGGCCUUCCAGCAGUACAAAGAAGGUGCUAUGGUGGACAUGCUGCUGGAGAAACUGCCACUGGUGGCAGAGGAAAUCAGUAAGCCUCUGUCAGCUGCCAAUAAAGUCACCAUGGUUUCCAGCGGAGGUUCAGAGAUUGGCGCAGCCAAGCUGACAGGUGAAGUGCUUGACAUCAUGACCAAACUGCCUGAAACCAUCGAGAAACUGACCGGCAUCAGUAUUUCCCAGGUGAAAACAGUGGCCCGAACCGGUUGAACUCAUUCUCCAACGUGACAUUGCUGUAUGCAUGCUUUAUGGAUCUUUCCUUUUGUAAUUUUCUCUUACUCUCACUUUUCCAUCACUCUCUCCUCUUUCUGUAACACUGUAUUGCUCCAUUUAUCUUUCUUGUCUUCCACACUGCAUCUCUUUUGUCUUCUCUUUCCCAUGUUUCUCUCUUUCUCUCAUCUCGACUUAAACUUCCUCUCUGUCUUGCCUUGCUGCCAAAACCCAAAGUGCAUUUUAAUCUAAAACUCCAGGGAAGAAUGCUGUUCUUUAUAUUUUUAAUGCAAUCAUCAUAAGAAGACCAAGGAUCUGUUGAACGCCAUUAGACACUGCAGCUUCUGACAUUUUGAAAUGUCACAUUCACCUUUAGUUUUUCGUAUAGAGCACGCUGGUAUGUGCUGGUAUGUUAUACUUGAGCUUUCCAAUAGUUAGUCAAACAUGAAGGGAAACAUAUUUAUAAUGACUGAUGCUGUUGUGUGAUGUGUUUUUGUGGGUUGAAUAGGAUAUACUUUCACUUUACCUCAGCAAUGUGUUUUAGCUAUAUCUGACAUAAUGUAGGAAUUCUAGCAGUUAUCUGCUUCAAAUGGUACUGUGCUGCGAAAUCUGAACAUACUGCCAAUAAUGUCAGAUCAUCAUUACCUGUGUUUCAGUGUUUAUUCAAAUGAACAAAUGUCUUUAUAUGUAAUGCAGAAGUGUAGGUCGCUAAAUAUUCUAUUAGUAACUUAUUUAUUUCACAAAUAUCAUUUGAAGGAUUUUUGUAUAGUUUGAAGUGUUUUCAUUGCUUGAAUCAAGGGUAUGAUUAUAGAUAUAAUCUAUAUUUGUGCUGUUUUGUCCUGAAGCAGACCAUGUUGUGUUCAUUAAAGGAGUUUGAGACUGAAUUCUUAUCAAAAUAGUUUCAAUAAGUUGUGUUUCAUAAAAGGAUUUUAGGACGUUUAGUAAAAAACUAAACUAAAAUAUGUUUUUUUUCUAAUUAUACAGUAUUUAAAAUUGGUUAUACUAUGUAGUCUUUACAUCAUAAACUUGUGAUGAAUGUUCAUUUUUCAAAUGUUUAAAUGUCAGUACAGUAUGUUGACACUAGAUUCAUAAGCACUCAUAAUUGAUGAACUGAUGAACAUAAUUUGUCAUUAAUAAUUACUAACAUUAUGGCAUUGAUGUGUAAACACUGUUAGAUGUAUGUAAUGAAGACUAACCACACAUUAUGACACUUUUGUAUGUUUCUACUAUCUUCGUGUUUAACAGUUUAUGACUAAUAUUUUUGAAGUAGAAUGCAUUCCUUGAAGGCUAAAUAUGUUUGGGUAGAUUUAGUAUGCAGGGCAUUGGGUAGACCUACUGUUAUGCUGUGUAGGCUAGAGGUGCUGUUAGUGUGCUGAAAGAAAAGUUGUAUUUGUCAAUAGAUGAUUUUUCUAUUCUAUACAAAGUAUCUAUACAAUUAUGUAAACAAAUCACCAGUUUCAUCUGUUUCAGCAUGCAUGCAAAGACUAACAAACCAAAACCAUUGUAUUGUCGAUUUGUGCUUAUGAUGCCUUAAAUUAACCUGCCUACUAAAAUAAACAUUUAACUAAACUGUUA